UCCAUUCCAUUCCAUUCCACAGCCAUAGAAGACCAGCGGAGAGGUGCGAGACCACCCCAGCUAUCAUUAUCACCCCCUCGCCUAUAAAUAUCCGUCCCUACCAUCCGUUCCUCCGUCUCUCCGCCACUUCUUCCGCGUACACCCCGCCGCGGCGCCGCCCUCCUCCCCCGGCUCCGUGUUUGUUUCCCUUCAACGGCGAGAAGGUGAGAGUGAGAGAGAGAGACCCCAAAACCCCAGGGCGAGAUUGAUCGGGCGCCGGGAUGUCGCCGCCGACGAACGGCGCCGUCUCGUUCGCCUACGCGCCGGCCAUGGGGGCGGGGGGCCUGCCGGACGCGCUGUUCCUCCCCUUCGACGCCUUCACGGCCGAUGACUUCCUCGCCGCGGACGCCACUUUCCUUGGCGGGGUUGGCCCCGACCAGACCCUCCUCCUGCUGCCCUCGUCCUCCGGGAACGGCAGCGGCAGCAGCACUGCCGAGGGGCUCGCCUUGGCGGUGCAGGCGCCGGUUUCGUCCGAGGUGACGACCGCUGUGACCGUCGCCAUGGAAGCCGGCUCCUCCGCGCGCGCGCGCGCGCGCGAACCUGCGCCGCCGUCGCCGGCGCUGCCGCUCGUGCACGGCACCGGCCACAGGACCUCCUCCUACCGCGGGGUGACCAGGCACAGGUGGACGGGGCGGUACGAGGCGCACCUGUGGGACAACACGUGCCGGAAGGAAGGCCAGAAGCGCAAGGGGCGCCAAGUUUAUUUGGGUGGCUAUGACAAAGAAGAUAAGGCUGCUAGGGCAUAUGAUCUUGCUGCUCUGAAGUAUUGGGGUGCUAAUGCUACUACCAACUUCCCUAGAGAAAACUACAUCAGAGAGAUUGAGGAGAUGCAGAACAUGAGCAGGCAGGAUGUUGUAGCCUCGCUGAGGAGGAAAAGCAGUGGCUUUUCUAGGGGAGCAUCAAUCUACAGAGGUGUGACAAGGCACCACCAACAUGGACGCUGGCAGGCAAGAAUCGGUCGUGUUGCAGGCAACAAGGACCUGUAUCUCGGGACUUUUGCAACCGAAGAAGAGGCUGCAGAGGCGUACGACAUCGCGGCGUUGAAGUUCAGAGGCGACAACGCUGUCACCAACUUUGAGCCCAGCCGAUACAACCUGGAAGCGAUCGCUCAACGCGACCUUCCCAUCAGUGGACCUGGAAGGCGGUUGACUCAGAAGCCAGCGCCAGAGGCAGAAGGCAAAGUCACUCUCAGCACUCCUACUUCAUCCUCCCAGCAGUCGAGCAACAGCCUGCCAUCUUAUUUCUUCCCCAACCUCCUGCAGCCCCUGUCUCAGCCCCUACAGGUUCAACCUCUGCCGAGCUACAACUACAGCUUUGGAGAACCCAACUUCCACUGGCCCUAUGGUAACGUGGAGCAGAAGGUGCAGCUUGACAGCAAGUUGGAAGUGGUUAAUGGUCUCCUGCAGCUCGCCAGCACUGCUGCGAACCGACUGUAGUCCCAGAAAUGCCGAUGUUUUAAGUGGAAGCUGCGAGGAGGAA